GGAACUGGUCAACCUCAGUCCACUUGUUCACAACUGCCGAUACAGCGGCGAUGGAAGCAGGCCAGCUCCUCUCAGAGGCUCUCAUUAGCGCGCUCGAAUCCAGCGAAUCUUGGCCCGGAGCGCGGCCAACAGCAACAGGGGACGCGACAAGGGCUGAUGAACCUUUGAGGCCGACAGUCAGCACUCGACCAGGACUUGAUCCUCGGCCACGACCAACCGCGCAGUCCCCGCUCAGUACGCCCCCAAGCGACGCUUUUGUGCCCAGUGGAGCACAGGCGGCUGGUUCUCCCUCGACCGUCCCAUUGCCAAGCAAUGCCCAGGCGGUGAGCUCGCCGGGCAAGUUGAAUGUCGGGGCUAUUGUCGGUGUUGUUGGCGGGGUCAUCGGUUGCAUUGCGCUCGGAGCGUUGGUGUUCUACUGCUGCGGGUGGCGGCGCAAGCGGGCACGGCACACCAUCCAACGAAUUGAGGAGACUAGGGAGCCACAACAGCGGUUCGAGAUAGACGAAGUGACACUGCCUCCAGCGUACGACCCACAAUGGAACGCGGAACCACUCUCGCCAAUAUCGGUGGCGCAGCUGAAUGAGAAGGGGCGUCUAAGGUGGUAGAGUUCGGCAGGAUGGGGUUCAGUGUACGUCGGAUUAAUGAGGCGGAGAUGAUUUAUGACCACGAA